CCUAUCACAACUCCAAAGGAUUGAUUCUACCAUGAAUCAGUUUUUGUUAAUUGUGGCUUUGAUAAACUUCCAAUACCACUUGUAUGAUUGUAUCAAGCUUAAAUUUUCCUCUUGUGAUCUUCAAGGUGGUAAAACACAUGAGUUACGAAUUGAUGGGUGUAAAGACAAUGUUGACCCUUGCGUUUUAGUUCGUGGUAAAACGGCUCAUAUUGAAGUUGAUUUUGUUGCUCCAUUUGAUUCAAACUAUGUUUACGCCGAUGUUAGUAGACAAUCAUCAACUCUACCAAUAUCUUUACCGCUGCCCUUUCUAGAUCGAGAUGCCUGCAACAACCAUGGAUUAAACUGUCCUCUCAAGAAAGGCCAAAAUUACACAUAUAUUUACGACUUUUACGUGGACCCUUUGUUACCAUCAGUUAAAGGUGUUUAUCAUUUUACUUUAACAACCUUCUGGGGGUACAGUAUUGGCUGCAUAAGUGUACCAUUGGAGGUGAGCGGAGGGUUCAGUAUCUUUGGG